UCUUGUCCGAACCACCCAGAAAGGAGAGCGAAGAAACCAGACUCAAAGGAGAAAGGAAAUUUGAUUGAUUCAGUACUCGGUGGAGAUCGAAAAUGUCGUGGCAAUCUUACAUUGAUGAUCAGUUGAUGUAUGAGGUCGAUGGCCAACAUCUCAAAGCCGCUGCUAUAGUUGGUAACGACGGCUCUGUUUGGGCUCAGAGCUCCGAAUUCCCCCAGUACAAGCCAGAAGAGAUUUCUGCCAUUAUGAAGGAUUUUGAUGAGCCUGGAACUCUUGCUCCGACUGGGUUGCACCUUGCUGGAUCGAAGUACAUGGUUAUCCAGGGUGAAUCUGGAGCUGUUAUCCGUGGAAAGAAGGGCACUUCUGGAAUCACUGUAAAGAAAACAAACCAAGCACUGAUAUUUGGUUUAUAUGAUGAACCCAUGACUCCAGGACAGUGCAACAUGAUUGUUGAGAAGUUGGGAGAUUACCUGAUUGAUCAAGGCAUGUAAUUGAGAUCUCAAUUUCAGAUGCCUUCUAUUCUAUACAUAAUUGGGAUUUUGAGCUGGUGUCCUGCUUUUAUGGCUGUGUAUGAGUUGUUAUUAAGAGAAAAUAACAGUGUGAAGAAUCAGGAUGAAAAGCAAAGAGUGUGGUGAUUUUGGUCGCUGAUUUCUACCCAUUCUAUGUAUUUUUGGCUUCUUUUUUUUUUUUUUUUUUUUUUUAAUACACUGCUUCAAAUAUGAGUUUUUGAAAGCAUUACACGUAUGAGAUUGUACUUAUUAUUGUUAUUUUGGUUUUUAAUAUACUUACUAAGAGUUGUGAUCGAGUAAUGAGUAUCUAUUUCAU